AUGUCAAGCUCUAGUAUUGAUAGCAAUGACGACUUUGAGAUGGUUGAUGUGGAGGAAGAACAAGUAGAUGAAGAAAUUGAAGAAGUAGAGUUUUAUGAAAUCAUUCAACGUUUAUCGGAAAUAAUUUCUAUGAUUAUACAAGUAUUAAAAGAGGUUAUUAUUGAUAAUAAUGGUGAACGAAUUGAACAUCCACUAGCUCGACGACCGAUUACUUCACGUGGAUACACUUACAUACAAAACGUAUUGGCUGAAGAUUCUGAUAACUUUCGGCAAGUAUACAGAAUGUAUCCAAAUGUGUUUUUAAAGUUAUGUCAUAUUAUAAGAGAGAAAACACUUCUAAAGGAUACAAGAUACAUUACUGUUGAAGAAAUGGUUGUAACAUUUUUACUAACAGUUGGCCAGAACUCUAGAUAUUGCCAUACUCGUGAAACAUUUUAUCGGUCACACUUUGCUACAAGUAAGAAUUUUAACAAAGUUUUAAAGGCUCUUAACACAAUAGCACCUGAGAUGAUGGUCAAACCUAGUUUCACAGUGCCUACACGAAUAAGAGAAAGUACAAGAUUUUACCCAUACUUUAAGGAUUGUGUUGGAGCUAUUGAUGGCACACAUAUUCCAGCAAUGGUAACUGGGCGUGAUGUAAGCAGUUAUCGUAAUCGUCAUGGAAUAAUUUCACAAAAUGUAUUGGCUGCUUGUAACUUUGAUUUAGAAUUCAUAUAUGUUCUUAGCGGGUGGGAGGGUUCAGCACAUGAUUCAAAAUUGCUAAGUGACAGUUUAUCAAGGAGGAAUGGCCUUAAAGUACCACAAGGUAAAUACUUUUUAGUGGAUUGUGGAUUUCCAAACCGACAGCAAUUUUUAGCUCCAUAUCGAGGUGUACGUUAUCAUCUUCAAGAUUUUUUCGGACAAGGUCGUGACCCUGAAAAUGAUGUUGAGUUAUUCAAUCUACGACAUUCUUCUUUGAGGAAUGUAAUUGAGAGGAUAUUUGGUAUAUUCAAAUCGAGAUUUACGAUCUUCAAGUUAGCACCUCCAUUCCCUUAUAAGACUCAAGCAGAACUUGUACUAGCUUGUGCCGGGCUUCAUAAUUUUCUUCGCAAGGAGUGUCGUAGCGAUGAGUUUCCAAUUGAGCUAAAUGAUGAUGAAUCUCCUUCACCUUUACCGACGAAUGAUGUAGAUAAUUUUGAACAUCUGUUUGAAAUUCAAGAGCAACAACGAGAGCAUGCCAAUGAAUGGAGGGCUAAAAUAGCUUUGGAUAUGUGGAGAGACACCCAACAAGGUGAAAACAAUUCCAAUCAAAGAUAA